CAGAGCGAGCAAAUUGUUUUGCAUUAUUGUAAUAAUCAAGGAAGUAUAUAUUUCAAGGGCACACGUAGAUAUUAAAAUAUACAUUUGUGCCGUAACGAGUCUCUUUUCUGCAUCUUAUGUGCUGCUGUCUUUUGUCAUUCAUGAUUGUGUUGGUGUUGUGCUCGGCUUACUCAUUACAGUAUGAACUUCUCUAAAUUUCAACAACAGUUCAAAACCAAUAAAAGCAGUGGGUGGACACUUAUAUAAAGCACAUACACACGGGUAACGGUGACCUGGUUUGUCUACACUUGAUCUUUGCGGUCUGCGACUUCCCCAUAUUGCUCUGCAAACAUGGCAAGAAUUGGCAGACUCUCCACCAAAGGCUCAGUGUUGCUACUGUGUGACAUGCAAGAAAAGUUCAGACCCAAUAUUUUUCAGUUCACAAACGUCGUGAGCAAUGCUGCAAGAUUGCUACAGGCAUGUCGAAUUUUAAGCAUCCCUCAGAUUUUAACCGAGCAGUACCCUAAAGGUUUGGGCCCCACUGUUCCUGAGCUAGGAGCUGAGGGCUUGAAGCCUCAUACAAAAACCAGUUUCUCCAUGAUGACGGAGAGUGUGCAGAGCUCACUCAAGAGCCUGGGAGACCCUCAGCAAGUCAUACUAUGUGGAAUCGAGGCUCAAGCGUGCAUUGCGUGCACAACCUUUGAUCUCCUGGAGCGAGGCAUGGAGGUUCAUAUUGUGGCAGAUGCUGUCUCCUCUCGAAGUCAGACGGAUCGUCUUUUUGCACUGUCACGACUAAAGCAGAGUGGGGCGUUUCUCACCACUACAGAGGGAGUAUUAUUACAACUAGUGCAGGAUGCCAAGCACCCCAACUUUAAAGAGAUCCAGAAGCUCCUGGCUCACCCCUCCCCUGAUACAGGCCUGCUGGCCUUCUUCAGCUCUCUGUAGGGCCAGUCACACACCACACCCUACAGACAUAAUUACAUGAAAUUACUAGAAAUCAGCACAAACCGCUUUCUGAACCUGUUGGAGUCACGUGAGCUCUGAGCAUGUGUGCGUAUUCAAAUAAACUUACUUGCCAAAGAAAAGAAUUUUUGAAAUUUAGAAUUUUUUUAAAUGGUUCUAAUUUUGUGAGAUCAAGACAGUUGUAGUUAACAAAUGGAAACUCCAUGUUUUUGAUUAUUUUAUGUUUGAUUAUAAAGCAUUCACAGUGUGUUUUAGCAUACGGCCUAAAUGUGUAUUAUAUGUAUAAAAUAAAAAUGAAUAAACUCUGAAAAUGCAUACUUCAUUGUUAGUUCAUGAUGUAAAGUGAUAUUAAUGCAUAACACCUCGCUGUAAAUCGUUACCAAAUGAUUGUAUUCCUCCCUCAGUAUGAAAUAAAACUUUCCACGUCA